AUGCCAGGCGAGCGCAUCGUGUUUGACGGCCUUUGGCGCUGUCUGUGUCCCUCCGUCGAUGCCGAUGCCUUGUCGAGAGCUUUGCGAGCGCCCUUGGCGUCGCGAAAUCGGCCAAGCGCAGUUCACCAAGCGCGCGCGGUCGUGAAAUCACCAUCUUUGCGUGCCCGAGCCUACAGGGCAGCGGUACCGCGGUCUUACGACUUGAGGGGCCCGGUGUCUUCGGAGGAGCUAGAAGGGGCAGAGAAAGAGCCUCACAGGCGUCAGCGUCAGAGAUAUGCGUCGUCCAAAGAAUAUGCGGAAAUCAACUACCACAGGUCCCUCUUUCGACUUUGGAGGCGGAACUCCCAUCUUCCUCUUCCAAUGCUACGCCGAGGCUCGCUCGACGAAUCCCUCGACACCGUCCCGACCGAGAAGAUCGUCGAUACCCUCAGAGAAGUAACGAACCUCGAGAACCAGUACCAUACCAUCUGCGACAUGGUGCACUACCUGGUGACCAAGCGUCUCAUGAAGCCUGAUGUAUUUCUAUACACUUGUCUCAUCAAUGCCAACGUAGACCGCAGAUACGGUUCGGCCUCAGCUGUCGCCAAAAUAUUCAAAGAGAUGGAAUCGGAAGGGAUUUCCCCGACAAGUGCCACAUUCCAUGUUGCCUUGAAUGUUUUGGCCGUGCACCCAGACUAUGUCCUUCGCAAUAAGGUUCUCAAUGACAUGAAAGCCGCCUGGAUAGAGCCGACAUUUCGUGGAAUUGCCUCCAUCGCCGGAGGCCUUCUUCGUGAUGGCCAAUUCGAGUUGGCCCUCGAUCGCCUAGAGUACUUUCAUCAACACGAUAUGCAAUAUCCCCGAUGGGUCAACGACGCCUUUAUAUAUAUUCUGGGAGAACGAGGCUUCCAUGAGGAGUCGCUCACCAUCAUGCAGCACACCAUGAACAGUAGGAAAGGAUCACGAGCUUUAAGUAUGUGGUACUUCCUUCUGGACGUUUAUAGCCGGGAUGCGUUCUAUGAAGGUGUAAGCUACAUAUGGAAUCGUAUGGUGGUGCCAGGAAUCAUCGUGCCCUCUGAUGGCAUGGCAAUCAACGUGCUCAACACUGCUGCAAGGCACGGAGACGCCCAAAUGGCUUCGUAUAUUAUCAAAACCCUGUCAGCCCGGGGGCGUAAGCUUGGCUUACACCACUUUGAGCCUCUAUUGGAGAUACAGGCUCGAGGCAACGAGUUACGAAAGGCAUUUCUCACGCUCUGCCUCAUGAAGAAAGCCGGCUUGCAGCCGGACCUGUCCAGCACCCGCCCAAUCUUUUUACAGUUGCGGCAGUCUCCAGAGCACACGGAUGAAGCUGUUGCGAUGCUCCGUGAUCUGAGCAAUGACUACGACAUUCCAAUCGCAGCCUUCAACACAGUGCUUGAAGCGAUAUUGGCCCGACGAGGAUUCAAGGCUGGACUGGACUUCUACCGCGCCGUGCGGCACGUCUGCUCCGAAACCCCAGACGUUAGUACCUUCGGCCUACUUUUCAACAGGUGUUCUGUGCCAAGAUCCAUGAGGUUCCUCAUAGCUGAAAUGGAGGUCUUCUCUGUGAAGCCCAAUGAGGCUAUUUACAGUCAGAUUAUACUUAUCAGCACGCUGUCUGAGAACUAUGAGCCAGCAUUCCGGUAUCUCGAAGCAAUGAGGUCGUGCGAGACAGACGGUCAGCCAAACAACUGGUGGAUCGACAAGGGAACAGCAUUGGCUCUUCUCAGGCGGUGCAUUCUGGCGGAAGAUAAUCGAGCGCAGGCUCUCUUCACCGAAUGCAAGAGAAGGGGCAUGCAUAACAUUGAGUCCGAUGUGCAGACCCUGAUCAGGGAGGUGGAGCGAAAACGGCAGCAGAAGUUGAGUUCUAAAGCGGGUGACAGUAUUACAAAUGUAGUCCUGCUGGGAGCUGAAACACAUGAAAAAGCCCCCGAGUUGUCGGUAGCCUAA